UGAAAUCAUUAUUGACCGGGCUUUGUUGGAUGCUUCUGUGCUUGUUUUUGGUUGUGUUAGCAAUAUAGGGUGGUAGAAUUGCAACUCAGUUUCGGGAGCCUUUGUUUUCACUAAAUUGCUUAAGGAAGUUUGAGGUGCCUUUUUGUAGGAGUACCCCAGCGAGAAGGAAAUCCUGCAUCUCGGGACAACGCAGUUCUGUUCAAAUUAAAGUGAAAAAUACUGAAAGAGGCGAAAGGAAUAACGAUAAAACAAUUUGCGUACUACAUCAUAUAGACAAAUUAAACACUUCUCAGAACAACAACAGAAGCUAACAUUGUAGGCUAGUGUCUUUGAAUGUAGAAGCGGCCAAAAAGAUCGAUUAGACCAGUAACGAAUAAUUUCCAAAGGACGCAGAAAUCCGGAGUAACAUGGUUCGGCCUCCUUCCACGCUGCUUUGCUGCGAGCAAGAUUCGCAAACAUUGGUAGAUGGAGUGCUAGAAACGGUGCUAUUAAUCCAGGGCAACUUGCCCUUUAUGUGUAUGGUAAGAUCCAAGUACCAGUCUUGUGAGUUUAAAUUAACUUCAGAAUACACUAUAAAUAUCCGAUUCUUCCCAAAUGACUCGUCCGGAAAAUAUCCCAACAUGGUCUAUGCAAUUGAGUCCCGAGACAGCGAAGAGGUAUAUAUGAAAUGCGAAACGAAUGUCCUCGCUCUGGAUGGAAGCAAGUGCUUUACAAACGCUGAUGAGAAGUUCGCCCCUCUGCCAAUAAGUAUAAGCCGGACGAUACCAAGGCUAGCAUUGCUUGAUUUCAUAAGGAACCACCAUCACCACUUUGUUCGUGAGCACAGAUACGUACUUUAUGAAAUGAAGAUUUCCAUCGAUACCAAGUGGAGACCUCCAAUUGGGGCAAGUGUUAACUUACCAGCCGAGAUUGUUGAAAACCUCAGACAGAGAAUUCAUUGUCCUCGCUUUGGAGAUACGUCGUUUGUAAUUGGCGGUGUAAGGAUGUACGCCCACAGAGACGUCCUGAUCAGAAACAGUGAAGUUUUCAAAGAAAUGUUCCGAGUUUUGCAGCUAAGUGACUGCUACGUGUUCCCAGACACAUAUCCGCAGCUCUUUGCAAAGUGGUUAGUCGACUGCUAUGCAAAGGAUGUUUAGAGCGCGAUUUAGAGCGCUGGCAUUGAAAUACUGCCAGUAUAACUGACCAAUCAGCUAUCCAAGGAAGUUUCAUGUAUCCUAAAUUAAAGUUGAUUAGAUUUAAGAGCCCGAAUCCUCUCUUGAUUUUAACAUACUUUCUAUAUAUUUGUUUGUGAGAUCUAUCAAUACAGAUUCUUUAUGUAUUUUAUCCAUUGCAUACUUAGCGUUAGUUAUAAAUGAUUGUUACAGUAUAAACUAUUGCAAAGUUUCGUGGCUUCUGUUUUUAAUAUUUUGAAAGUAACUAUAAAUUUCUGAUGCGUAUUAUGUUCCAAAAAUUCGUCAUGUAAAAUAUUACUACUAGAAUAAUAUUAGCAGAUAUUAGAUUCGUUCAUCUAUUUAUGCCGAACCCGAAUAAAUGUUAUAUUUCGAUUCAAA